AUGCCUUCGCUGGAUGCGGAAAGCAAUCCCCACCCACUGAAUCAGCAAGAUCACUCCCUGGAGCCCUCCACCUACCAAGCCUCCAAUAUUGAAACCAGCAAAAAGCAUUAUUUCGACGAUGGUAUACCCUCCUUGUCUGAUACCGUAUACAAACCAACGUAUCCCCGCCGCCCGGUCGUAUCUACUAAGGUUGGCGUUCCUGGCUCAACCCCUGGCAAGAGCACCCCGCAGGAUGAUAUUUUGACAAAUCUCCAGGAUUACUACAGGUCAAAUCAAGAGCGCUUAGGGCGGGAGAAGCUAGGAGACGGUAGGGUGCAAGGAGCCAUACGGAAUGACAGAAUCGACGGCACAAGUCAACCCACAGGCCGCCGUCAACCAGGUAGUCCUCGCCUUCGAAAUGGAGAGGGCCGUACAAUAUCGCCCAUAGCCUCCCGCGUCAAUACCGCCCAACAUCCUUCUUCUGCGAAUCAUGAGAGAUCUCCGCUUAGUGCAGCCAAAUCCAGUCCAACUCUGUCAAGUACCGCUCGCAAUAGACAAACAUCUCUACAAGAGUUGGUCAACAAGUUUAAUCAAACGCCAGAUGAGGUGCCCCCUCUUCCUAAGAAGCCUGCUUCUCGAUCACCUUCAGCUAGCUCCUCCCGUGGCCAAGGCAUUCGUUCACGUACCGCUUCUCAGGCCAAAGCCUCUGGUGGUCGGCUCUCUUCCGGGUCGCUCUCAAGUGACAAUAUGAGCAUACGAGAGCCUCGAUUUCGACAGCAAGAAAAAUCUCGAACGCAAGAUGACCGAAUGACUAGUCCAAAAUUGGAGAAGAAUUAUACGCUCGAGGCGUCCGAAACGGUACCCGCCAAACCGCUCACCUCCGAAUCACUUGUAGAUCUUGCACCAGAGAUGAUGAAUCUACCCCGCAAACCAUUGUUUGGUGAGGUCGUAAGAUCGCACAUUCCUCAGCCCAAUGCUGGCUACGGAAUACCCAUCUCUAAGAGACGAAGAGGUUCAGAAGGCAGCUUACACAGUCCUCGGACGCUAUACUCGGAUCAAGAUUAUUCGCGGCGCCGAGAUCACUCCCCCGACUCGCCAAGUGCGUGGUAUUAUGCUACUGCUCCUCCACUAGAGGAAAUCAAAGCUAAGGGCGAGAUUCCGGAACCGCCUCCAAAUCUGCACCGACGAACUCGAAGUGAUUUGCACGGCAUGCCUUCAAGCCCAAUUUCAUCUCGAAAAUAUACAAAUACUUUGUCACCACCUUCUUCGCCGUUACCUACCGAAACGCCAAGGCGCACCUCUCAAUCGAGAAUUCCUGUCAGCACCCGUCGAUUCAGCGUAAAUUCUGACUCUGGCAAUUCUCCACCCUCAACCCGAACCAGUUCUGCUGCUGAGACUGCACCUACAAAAUUAUCGACACGAAGCCGUGCUCCGCCUCCGAAGCCAUUGCAAACUGCUAGAAUAUCUCCCCGUUACUCACGCUCAAAUACCCCGCAGAAGUCCCCUCGAUAUCAGCAUAAUACUAGUAGACCGGUCGCUUCACCUAGCCUCCCGGCAUUUAUAUCAGAGCCGCUGCCUAAGAAAUCGCCACCUUUGCGAAGCUCAAGACCAAGGCAACCAGUUUCGAACGCAUCUACCUCAGCUUCAAGGGCCAGAGCGGUUGACAGAGUCGGAGGUGAAAACCAUGGCUCGCGAAACCCCAAGGAGGGUAAAUUGAAAAGGCCACCUGAGCUUGGGGCUUUGGAUUUUGCAGCUAGAAGACAGAGAAUACAACAAGCUUUCACAAAGACCGUGAGAGAGGAAGAAGAGCGAGAAAUACGCAGGGCCUCCAUAGCUCGUGAGCUCUCUGUACAAGCCUCGACCUCUGUAGAAGCAUCAACAGAUGAUGUGUUCUUAUCAGGAGACUUGCCCAAAGCUGAAAGGCCCGUGCAAGGCAUCAAAGGGAGGGAGCAGCCGGAUGAAGCUGGCGCAGAGGCGUCAAAAUCCGAACCAGGACUCACUCUACAGACCGGUCAGCUUUCCGAUCGAUCUACACUCAACCUUAGUCUAGAGGACUCUCCAACAUUGGGUAAUUUCAACUCUCAAUUCUCGCCUGACACGAAUGGCUAUGGACCAAAUCAGUCCACUCCAAACUCGGACAUUGAUCCGGGCUCAGCGGUUACUGCUGGUACGGGAGACUCUGUGGACACUUUCUUUGAUGACGAAGCCCAGGACGAGUCAAGAGAUAGCUCGCGCCCUUCAUCGCUAGCUCAACCAGCAUUACUGCAGAACAUUAUGGCUAUGCGGAAUUCCAGAACGCCGAGUCCACCUGGAAUUAGAAAACGUGAAAUCAACGAGGAGCACGAGUCUGGAGAUGAUAGGGAGUCGAUCCAAAUCAUGCUAGGCGCAACGCCAGUAUUAGAAAAGAGGUCCUUCAAUGAUGAUCAUGAAAGGGCUCCCUCGAGCGAGGACCCGGACAGCCGAUGGAGUAUGAGCUCCUGGACUUCAUCAAACAAAUCGCGCGAUGAGAAAGACACCUUCUUGGAGCGCGUUGAAGAGCAUCCGCCUUCACAAGCCACUGAAGACCCUCAUCUAUCUAUUUCGACAUCGGCUAGUGAGCUUACCCAACCUGCUUGGUCCCCUACAUCUGUAGCUUCGCCUCAAACCAAUCGCACUACCCUAGAUAGUGAUCGCUACAGUACUGUAAACCGAGUACUAGAUCAGUACCACGAUCCUAAUGCGUUGAGUCCUGAUCUGAUCCGUGACGCACAGCACCAGUCUUAUAACCGAUCACCUGAGCUGGCGCGGCAAGGUGGUUAUGAUCCUCGAAAAGUAACACAGCUCUACUUGCAGAGAAUCGCUCGAGACCGCAAUGCCACGCCUAGUGCAACGCCUGAAGAUAUUAAAGCGCACAUCAACAAGCGGACGAGCUCAUUGCCGGUCCCGGAGCCAGCCUCAGAUAAACAAGUCAGGGAUGAUAUGGACGAGAAAAUGCUUCCGACGACUGGGCACAGCCGGAACCUGUCGGCAUCCUCUACUGUUCUGGAUGUGGAUGACGAAGGCAAUCUCAAGCCAGCCCGAGCUAGUCUAAGCCGUCCUGACGACUUUGACAUGUCUCCUUCCCUCGGUGGGUUCGCAGAGCAAGCGGCUGAUACACCUUAUGAAGAAAGGCCAACGCCUCCGGAGAAAGACAGAUUUGUUGGCAGAGGGCAAAGAUUACCUGAGGGCUACGACGGUGGCAGGGGCCGUCACCACCACCCAGACGAUGAGUCCCGGCCUCAGUUACCACCUAUCAACUUUGGAGGGCAAAGUCUAGCCAUCAACGUGGAGCCACCACAAGGAGGUGACUCUUCUUACAAGCCAUCACCAUCGGUUCCAAAACACUCACCACCUCCGCCACCAAUUGAGACCAGAGAAUACAGCCGACAGAACGUAGAGCCUUCUAGUGAGACACCUCGAGCAACGCGACCAGGCAACAUUUCUAAGCCGUCCGAUGACUCAUCUAUUUCUCGAGAUGAGCCCUCAACGCAAGCGGACAUUAUCUCCAAAAAGCUUUCGCCGUCACCAGAGCAGAAGCGAUUGACCCGACGUAAGAACAUCAUCAAGGAAUUGGUUGACACCGAACACUCCUUUGGCCAGGACAUGAGAGUUGUGGAGGAUAUCUAUCGAGGAACGUCGAACGUGAUCAUAUCGGCAGACGAUGUUAAAACGCUAUUUGGGAACUCUAAUCAGAUCAUCGAAUUCUCCACACAGUUCCUUGACUCGUUAAAGCAAGCUUCUAGGGCAGUCUACGCGCUGUCAAAAGCCAAGCGCUGGAAAAGCAAUCGCACUAGCAAUGCUACCACCUACAGUGGAGCGACCGGAGAUGAAUCGUCCGUUAAUGGUCUUGAACUUACAGACGACGAGAAAGAUCGGAAGACGUUCAUUGGCGAAACCUUUGGGCACCAUAUGGCUGAGAUGGAGAAGACAUAUAGUGAAUAUCUUAAGAACCACGACGCCGCCAAUCAAAAACUUGUACAGCUUCAGAAGAACCAGAAGGUACAAAUAUGGCUCAAGGAAUGCAAAGCCUAUGCCUCUGACCUGACAGCAGCAUGGAAUCUCGAUGCCUUGAUUGUCAAGCCGGUGCAGAGACUGCUCAAGUACCCACUUCUUCUGGAUCAAUUACUUGAGGCCACUCCUGAGAACCAUCCGGAUUACACUGCUCUUGAUAUUGCAGCCAGAGAAAUGAAAGGCGUUUCAAUGCGUAUCAACGAAGCCAAAAGACGGGCCGACAUCAUGGAGACGGUGACGACUGGUAACCGGAAGCGCAAGGAAUCAGACAUGCGAACUGGGCUUGCGAAAGCCUUUGGUGCUGGAAAGAAAAUCCGCCAACAGGUCGGAUCGUCCGGCAUGUUUGAAGACAGGGUAUAUACAGGAAUUGCCGACAAAUUCUCCGAGCACUUCGUUCGUCUCCAAGUGGUCAUGCGCGACGUGGAGAUGUAUACUGGUGACGUGGAGAUAUUCAUGAGGAAAUUUCUCGACUUUGCGACAGCAAUGGAGGCGCAUAUUGAUGUGGGCCAAACCAGUUUCCCUGAGCUUGAAAGCAAAUGGCACAAGUUCAGAAUGUCUAUGAGAGACAUGUCGACCAUGGCUCUUCCUGACCACAUCGAUUCAGUACGCAAACAUGUUGUCCAGCCGAUGACUACUCUAGUAAAGCUGCACGAGGGGCCGCAAAGGCUGAUGCAGAAGCGCGAAAAACGCUUGCCGGAUUAUACACGAUACAAAGCUAUUACCGAUCGCGGCGACAAGCCAGACAAGAAGACUACAGACCAAGGCGAACAAUUCCUCGCAGUCAAUAGUACCCUGAAAGACGAGCUUCCGCAAUUAUUCACUUUAACGGGAAAGCUCAUGGAGCGCUGUCUCAGCAAUUUCGUACAGCUUCAAUUCAAAUGGUUCAAACUAUGGAAACUGAAAUUGAAGCAAGCCAUCGACAUUCGAUCCGCAACGCAGGAUGGUGACUUUCAAGAAGAACUCAUAAAGAUCGUCAAAGGGUUUAGUGCGGACGUUGCCUUCCAUGAGGCUCAAGUAGCUUCCCUUGGCUUAUGCAACGGCUCAAUGCUGAAUGAGACACCCAAUUUAGUUACAUUUGCCGCACCAGGCGGAUCUGGCACCAGCUUCAUUGGCAGAUCAGACUCUACCCUAGUCGAAGGCCAAUACGAAGGCACCACCUCGCCAAGGGCAGGGCCGUCAUUUGAUUCCACAAGAAGAACGUUGUCUGUCAGUAGUGACAGGUCUCCAGUCCUACCUCAACCUGACUUCGGGAGCUAUCGUCCGAACGGAAGCUUUUUCAACGUCGGCGAUGCAUCUACACCAGGACCUAUGCCUCAGCGACAACCCAGUCAACGUAUACGUGCUAGCUCUUCCGUAUCCGGAAACGGCCCGCAAACACCUUAUCCACCGGGCAGUUGGCGAUCCUACUCCAACACCACCACACCCAUCAACUCAACGCCGGGCCGUCCACCAACGGCCACGGGAAGAAUACCCACUGAUCCCACUCCAUCACUUCGUCCUAGUAUAGACAGUUCUCACUUCAAUCGUCUGAGUGACGACUCGGCUUUGGCGCGUCCACCCCCGGGCGUCAAUUACACCCCAUCGAGCCAGGCACGAUCAACAUCACCAUCAAGAAAUCGAUUUUCGGGCUACUUCUCUUCGGCAAUGCCUAUGUCUGAUUCGCCGCCCACUCAGUCGCCCACCAAUGGCCCCUUCAAGUCGGAUUUCAAUGUCAUCUUUUUGGCAGCAAGCGUGUACGAAUUCAAUAUUGAUCGAGCCAGGAAGGAAGCUGGAUAUCCAUACCUCACGUACGUGGCUGGGGAGAUCUUUGACGUGAUUGGCGAAAAGGGGAGCUAUGGCUUGCGAAAAAUCAAGACGAUCCCGACAGCCUUGUUGGCUGGAUCUGGAACAAACACUUUGUCAAAUUGGCUGGCUAGGGUCGAUCCGCUAUACGGAUCCUUCCCAGAUCACUCACACUACGUUCCCUGGAAUGAUUACCCGACAACCUUGGAGCAAUUUCCUCAAUCGAUUGAGGCUUGCUCUUCACCCUUUCUCUUCAGGAAAAAAUUACACUAUGGGGGCGACCAUAUAUCAAGAUGGCGAACAGAUGGUAGAAGAAGGAUUGAGGGCAGCAGGCGUGCUAGGAUUAGAAUUUGUCGAUUUCAGCAAGGCGUUUGUGCGCUCUCCGAGGGUGUACCGAGCUGGUCAUGUACGCGGUCAUGA